AUGGCGUCUACGAAUCCUUUCUGGUCCUUUGCCACUCCUUUUACAGACAGCAGGCCGCCUGCGUCGUCCGGGAGUCUGAGCGGCGGCCCAGCUCAUGGCGAUCACAUACGGGUGUCCUCCAACGAUAGCGCUCAGAGCUACGCUCAAACACCGCCCGAGUCGGCUUGGUCCGAGGCGUCAUUUCAAGAAGUGGGCUUCAUCUUUGGUACCUCCCACGCCAAGAAUAUGAAAAGCUUGGAGGAUACUGCGUCUGUGCGGUCUGGCGAUUGGCCCUUGACUGAAAAAUACUAUGCUCUCUCUUCUGCAACUUAUGAUCUACGAUGCCCAAAAUGGACGCUCUGGAAAACCAUCCUGCUCCCCACAUCGACUAUCAUCCUGCCCAUGGCCUUCCUUGUCGCUGGACUAAUGGCUCUGAUUUUCGGCUAUAGGGUCAGAUCCGAGGACAGCUUGUUUGAGGAAGUGUCCAAUUCUCAGGCCUUGAGUGAUCAUGCUGUUGUGUUGGUCAAUUAUUCAGCGACUCGGAUUGCGUUUGUCGCGUCGUGGGCGUCAACUCUUGCUCCUCUCCUUGCUGGCUUCAUCAUGAACCUGUCGAGUUUCCAGUCUGCGCUGCUCAUGUAUCUCUCCUCGUCGCGUUUUGAACAACAGAACCUCCCAACCCCGUAUCAGUACAGUCUACUUGUUGGCCUUUGCCUGGCGUCAAUGGGGAGACUCAGAAGGUACUUCUCCUACGCGAAAGAAGAUGGAGUAGUUAUUCCUCCGGCCCUUCGGCGCGCUGCACGGACUCUGACUUUGACACUGGUCCUUGCUUGUGUCGUCUUCGGCGCCGACACUGCUCUUCACUACACAACUUCAACCAUCAACUUCGACCGAAUCUCCGUCUCGACCGAGGCUCAUGCAUAUGGGUAUGAGUUAUCGUCAGCAUGUCUUGCCCUCAACCGUAGCGACAACUUUGGAUUGCCAUGCUCCCGCAAUGGACAACUUGCGCUGACGGAUUAUAACGCCUACGUCUCAAGCCAGAACGAAAUCUUCUAUCUUCAGCACGACACAUCCACUGUCAGCGAAGUACGCCUGGUCGACACUCCAUCAUACGAACCGUCAAAUGCCACAUCCUCCGGUGCUGCGAAGGUAGCACUUCUCAUCCCCCAAAGCACUGGUUUGUCUCCUUUCCGUGACUUCCAAGCACACAGCACCGGUGUAAUCACCACCUGCGAGCCCAUUACCACCCUCUGCAACUGGACAAGCGGGGGUCCGGGAAAUUACUACAGCCAAUUUAACUGCAGCGAGAACUUUUGGGGGGUGCUGGGCAAGGCCCCCAAUGUGAGCGACACAGGCAUGCUCAUCGACGAUAGUUCUGUGCCACCCCUCGGAUUCAAACGUGGCGCGGCCCUGCAAUACUCAUUCUUUAUGAACAAAGAACUGAGCAUUCUCUAUGACGCAGCCGGUAAUUUAGGCCCUUUCAUGCAAGACUCGGAGCUCAUCAACCCGGUCUACUUGGGGGUCGCAGCACGUUUUCAGUCUACCGCCCAACGCGCCGGUGUAAAUAUGUCCUCAGAUCCAGGGAUCUACCAGGGGCCUACACCUUAUCUCGACUUUACACUCCGAUGCCAGUACACGACAUAUCUGGUCGACUACAACUGGGUCAACUCAUCGGCCAGAAUCAACACGCUCACACCUUCCCCGAAUGGUACGAUCGCGGAGAUCUUCCACGGAUACAACAUAUACGGCAGCUAUGACAGCUUUGACAACGAUCUGCAGGACUUCAUCCUUGAGGCAGCACUUCAAUCCAACCCCCAGCAAAUGGCCGAUUCUUUCGCAAACAGCUAUUCGUCGCGCGUGAUGAGUGUCAUUGGACCGUUCCUCUCGUCGCGGACCAACCUGCAAGAACAGACGCGUACCCCCUUGCUUGUGGCGAAAGUGCCGAAAGUGCCAUUGGCGAUUCUUGUCACGGGGUGUCUGUGCUACAUCGUCUUUGGCGUGGCCAGUGCGACAUUGGCAUACACCGCGUUGAGGACCGUGGAUGUUCGGGAUCUGGCGUUUCGAUUCAGUCUACCGGCGCUGGGGCUGCACGCUUUUCGAGACCACAAUACCGAAAGGGAAGCCGUGGAGGUUGACAAGGUUGGGAAAGGGACCUGGGUCGAAGAGCAGCGCAAGGUGUUCAACGAGACGAAAAUCAAGCGUGAAGCCACGAGGGUUGCCAUCGAAGGCGAGCCCAGGACCGGCUUCAUCUUGAAGAGUUUGGUCUAA